GGUUUCUAGUUUACACCGAAAGUGUCAGAUUAAGCAAGGGUUGUGCUGUUCGGUCAUAACGACGAUAUUUAUGUCGUAGAUUCGACCAGGUUUUGGGUCUGAUUUGAUAUGUGUAUAUAUAAAAUGGCAUCACCUACUAUUUUAUUAGUCUUAUAAUAACUAGCGGUUAAAUAGACAUUGUCUUGGUAUAGGAUGCAUUUUCGUGUAACGCCAAAUCUAUUUAUUUUACGCAGACCACGUUUUAUAAAGUAAUGGUAAAAAUUUAAAACCACUGAGUCUAAGUUAAACCUCUCAGUGUCUUAUCCGGGUGAGUAAACUGACCCCAAAUUGAUGAAAGGUCAUAAAGGCAGGACUGAUUGUGCUGAAUCCGUGUGUGGUUCUGAAGUUACAGUCAACGGAACCCAUGUAAAGUUAAACAUGGCACGUUAUUUCUUCUUUCCGCGGUGGUCUGUGGUGCGAUGUGGCUGCUUUUUGCGCAGUGGAGACACAAGUGGUCAGCAGCUAAAAUGCAGCGUAACGGGCUUCUCCUCGCGUGUUUUUGUAAAAAGUGACCCCAGUAAGUGGCACUACAGAGCCCCUGCUGCUGGCAGCGCUGUAGUCAGCAGGGCCCGGCUCAAUUGCGCCAUCUUUGAUUUUUUUUUUCACGGCGUUCAUUUGCGUCAAUACAUUGUAUUCGUUCUUCAGAGGAAAACUUAUUUAACGAUGGCACGAGAUCAGCGGCUCUUCCCCGGAUAGAAACCUGGUGAAGGAGAGACAUGAGAAGCACUAGGAGGACUGAGGUGUCACUUAAAAGCUCUGCCCAGCAGGUUUCUAAUCACAAUAUUGACCUUACAGCAGCAUGGAAAGGCUUGAGUCAGUCCAAGGCUGCGCUACGACAUAUAGAAAACCGUCUAGAGGCGACUCCAGGGACAGGGGUUCUCCUAGAUUCUGUUAUGGAUCCGCCCAAGAAAAAAUCUUCCAGGAUAGUCCCAAGCAGAGAUGGUCAACAAGCUGAUGAUAAUGGGGGAUCUUCAAAGCUCAGGGGCCAUAGUCAUCAGAGCCACGAAAAGAACAGCUUACGCAGCCCACUAAGAAACUCCACACUGGACAACAAUGUCCGCAGGAAUAACAGCGUGGAGUUUAGGGAACCACUGGUCUCAUACAGAGAGGCCACCCCUCCAUCCUCUCAGCUGGAACCCUACAGUGCGCAGUCAGUGCCAGUGCCCUUGGACCUCUCAUCGCCACCUUUAGAUCCUAUGCUUAGCCAGUUGGUCUACCAGAGGGACACCAGAGACAAACAGACAGAUAGAGACCAGGAUAGCACACGCUCCUCGGCUGUGGAAAGCACCGAGGUCCACUACCUCAAUGAUCGGCAAGCCCUGGAUUCCCUGAGAACUUUUGGAAGCCAGUCACAUGUCACAGGUUUAAGAGGCCCUGCAGUGGAAGGGGAGUUGGAAAACAAAGAAGCACAACUUGGCAUGAACAACCAAGAAUCAAGCCCCAGUGUAGCCCCAGGCUGCCUGCGCAGAGGUGAGAGUACGCCUUCCACAAGCCCUGGCUCAGCUUCUCAGCGGUUGGAGAACCUAAGACGCCAUCAGCCAGAUGAUAAACUGGAGAAGCUCAAAGAGCGUAUUCGCAGACAGAGGCAACAUCUGGAAGAGGCUGCAGAGAAGGAAAAGCUGCUGGGUUGUCUGGAACAUCCUCUACCAGCAGGUGCUGAGAGUAACACUGCUGGCUCAAGUAAAAUGCCUGUUGCCAAAAUACGGAAAGUAGCAGCUGCACCUCCUGCACCUAUAUACAAAGGCUUCAAUAGUACUGAGACAAAGAUCCAGACGCCUGAUGGGAAAAUAUGGAAGGAGGAGGACUUUCAUAACCUCAGUAGAGAUAUAUACAAAGACUUGUCUCAACAGUUUUCAGCGAGCACGAGAUCCAGGAACCAGCAACACAGAGAACAGAGCGCAGACAAAUCCAAAGAGAGGAGACCUCCUAAGCCAGUCAGAAAGGUCCACCGAGCUGCUCCUACCUCUGAGCUAAAUGCGAAACCAGUGAUUAGUCCUGCGUCAUGGCGUGAUGGCCAGAAAUUGGUAAAGAUGGUCCUGGGCCCAGUUCCAAAGCAGCACAGUGAGGGAGACAGACAUCGCCCAGCUGACUUACUGAGUGGUACAGUUUUCCAUCAUCGUUCCAGUUCAGACCCACGUUCAGAAUCAAACCGACAAUCCCACUACAGUACAGAAAAGCCUUCCAGUGCAUCUAAGGAAAAAAACAAACACCACUCCACAAGCAAAGCUGUGGGUAUAAGCACAAAUCUGUUAUCGUCAGAUAUUCAGGGUAUACUCGAUGACCUGCAGCUGGAAUGUAAAGCAGCCGAGAAUGAGGAAAGGGCUCGACAAAGAUGCCGGAGUGGAAGCAGUGGUAGAAGAGGAAGAGGUGGAUCUGGGUCAAGAACAAGGACUUCGGUUUCCUCUUGGAGAACUCCUGGAACAGCAGGGGGCUCUUCGAGAGGCUGCCGCAGCGCCAGCCCCACUAAGCAUCGACUAGAACCGGGCACCGUGGCUGAAACAGGACACAAAAAGCGACACUAUGAUGCGGAUACCGUCCGUGAGUACAUUGCCCGGCAACAAGAGGAGAGAAAGAGGCAUCAGGCAGAAGAGAAGAGGGCACUGAGGGAGGAGGCAGAGAGGAGACAUCAGAGAUUGGAGGAGCUCUACAGGAAGCAAAGAGAAGUCGCUAAAGCAGUGACUCUUCCCUGUGAGGCCUCUGUUGCCCCUGUACAAAAGAGACUACAGGAGACCUAUAACAAACUGCUCUUGGAGGAGACCCAGCUUGAUGAUCCUGCCAUACAGACACAACCACAAGCUCCUAAUGGUCAAAUGAGACCAAUUUAUCAGCCCUCAGGAGAAUCAGACAAGGAAAAUAAAAGUCUAGAAGUGCCACAGAGUCCUUCGAGCAGUGAUAGAUCCUUGAAUGAUCUGCCUCCUCCAUUAUCCAGGAUUGAUUUGGAUGGAAGAGGUUCCCCUUGGCUUCAUCCUGCCCAUGUGAGUCCAGCUGUUCCAACCACAGCUGGACCUAGCUUCAGUGUGCCAGUCCCUUCUAAUGACCAUCUCUUGUCUCAGCUUCUAAGACUGGAGACAGCAGUCGCCGCCAAUAACAUCAGGCAAAGCCAGAGGUCAACAACAGCGCCUUUAAACCGUUCACAACCUAAGAUGUCGCGCAUUGAGGCCCUGAAGGCCACAGCCGCUUCCCUCUCUAACCGUAUUGAGAGCGAGGCACGGAAGCUGGUUGGAGAUGGUAUCAACUAUGGUACAGCAACUUCAAUGGACGUUGAUACUAUUUUGGCACCUGGACCAUCUCAUUCUAAACCUGAAGAUCCUUGCUGGACUGAAAUGGCUGCAAUGGAAAAUAACGAUGUGGCAUUUAAGAUCCGCAGGAUUUUGACUAGCACGGGUUAUACUUCGUACAAUGACUCCGUUCUCCCGGGAGCAGGCAAUUUGUAUGCCCCCAGGGAACAGGACGAAAUGAAGGGCGCACGUACUAAUUUGACUAAUCCACACACAUCUGAUGGCGCAGGACCCAUUCACAACAGCUACCUACAAGAAGGAAGAAAGCUUGUAAACGGAUUGGAAAAGGUUGAGAGCGUGAAUAAAAUGGCACCAAGAAAAGACUAUGAAAAGGGUGAAAAUGUAAUUGAUAAUCAUGACUCAAGUGCGGGUUCGAUCAGUGAAGGUCCCAUUCUGAGUGAAGGCAGUUUUUCUGAAGAUGACCCGAGCCCUGUUCACCUCUUGAGCAAUCGUAUAACCAGAGCAUCAGGUUGCGUGGAGGCCCUGGACUCCUGCAGUGGUCAGCGAACAGAUUUCCAGCGUCUUUCUGAGUUUCAAGAGGAGGCAGCAAGGUGCUCCGCCCUCAGCCCCCACUUUGCUCAACAGGACAAGAGUAAAGCAGCUUGGGAAGAGCUAAACAAAGGAAGCCCUCUAAGUGUAAUCAACAUUUUCACUAAGAGCCUUCAUGGCCCCAUUAAAGUGAUUGAAACAAACUCAGACAGGAACUCUCCAUCUGCUCAUUAUUUGCACUCUGGAAAUGUCUCGGGGGAUGCAGCAGUGUAUGAAGAUGACUUUGUUUCACUACAUAGCAGCACAUCUAGUGGUCAAUUGAAAAGAGCCUCCAAUUCACCCAGUAUGAACAGUCAUUUUGAGGAGCUGUUGAGGAGGUCUCCUUAUGAGAGGAGUACAGAAGGUACCAGUUCCCAGCAUUCAACCUUUCGCUCACCUGUUUAUUCACCACAUCUUUCUUCUGGUUCAGUGUCUGGUUCAUCCCCUCUCUCCAAACACUCUUCAAGAAAACAAGGCACAGCAUCAGACCAGAGUGAUGCUACUUUAGUAGAAGAACAGAGAGGUUCCUGCUCACCUCCUUCAGAGGUACUGUCUUCUGACUCCAAGAAGAGAGGCUCAGAUAAAAGCUCUGUCCACAGCCAAGCCAAGAAUGUUAACUCCAAUGAAACCUUAGGGGAAUCCUCAGGGCAUUCUCACCAAAGUUUGGGGCUGGAUGCUAAGAUGUUUAGAGGGGCCAGGCCCAAACAGGCUCCUCCGGACCCUGGUUCUCCUCCACAAGCAGACUCCCCCAGAGAGCCUGUAAGAAGUGGCCUGUUGGAGGCAAAUAACAUGAAUACAGGCACUGCAGAUCGUUAUGGCAGAGGAGAGAGCAGAACCACAGGUGAACUCCAGUAUUCACCUGCAGUUCUUCACCAUCGUAUGGUAGCAGAGCUCCAGUACCUGGAAUCCAUUGAGGAGUCAGUCAGACAGCUUGACAACAUGGAGAAACUGAUUGGUGUUUCCAUGGCUCAGCAGGAAAACAUGUCAUUGGCCCAAAUGCUUAAGGUGAAGCAGCAGCAACAUGAACAUGACCUCAAUGAGCUGAAGAUCAAGGCUGAGAGAGAAGCCUUGGAAAAACAACUCCAGCUGGAGGAAAACCGUCAGAGAGUAGCCAGGGCUCAUAUAGAAUUGCAGGAAAACUUGGCAGCAAAUCACAAAGAAACCUUGGAAGGCCUCCAGGAGGCAACUACUAAGAUGAUGAGUCAACAGGCUGAGGCAGCACAGUACACAGUUGAUGCUGCCCGGCACAUCAAGGAGAUGACAGAAUUGGCAAGAUCACAAAUAGCAGGAACUUUGGUGGGCCGCCCUGUUUUAACCAGUUCCACUAUGCAGGACAACAGGAAAGAACAGCAGAGUGAAGCUGAAUCUGACAGUGAGAUGUCAAAAAGAAGGACCAGACAAGGGGAACGCCUGUCAUCUCUGAACAGCUUCACUCAGUCUGACUCUCUGUCCUGCAGAACACCCAACCUUAGUGGAACGGACUCUAGCAGCCAUCAAAGCCCAUCGCAUGUCUCCUCAGAAAACAGAGAGUGUAUGAAAAAAGAUCCAGAAGUGGGAAAAUGGAGGAACGGGGGAGCUGACACGAGCCCAGAGAAGCCGCCAGGCAGCAGCUCCAUAGAUGAGGAAAUUCCUAGAGCAAGAAACGACUCCCUCUGCAGUGACAGCAUUCCCUCUGUAGUAGACGAGAAGGGAUUCAGUACAUCAAUAGCAACAGAGUACUCUCUCAAGUUUGAUGAAUCCAUGACAGAGGAUGAAAUUGAAGAGAGAUCCUUUCGCUCUUUACUGCCGUCUGAGGCGCAUCGCCGUGGAACUAUGGAUAAAAAGAACCGCAACCAUGAAGAGUCAGAGGAUGACGUCACUCACAACACAUCACUGGUUCCAGGAGCACAUAGUAUUAUGAAGGAUGCAAACGUUGCUUUUUCUGGUGGACAGGACAGCUUUUCCCAGUUCACUAUGGACAUGGUGCGUCAAUAUAUGAAGGAUGAAGAAGUAAGGUUGCAGCACCAGAGCUCCCUGUUGCGUCUUCGCCAAAAAGCUCUAAAAGAGAAGACUAGAACUGAGCUGGCCUGGCUAGAGCACCAGAAAAAGAGGCUUAGGGACAAGGGAGAGGAUGAUAAAAUGCCACCAAUCAGGAAGAAGCAGAGGGGCCUACUCAUGAAGCUACAACAAGAGCAGGCUGAGAUCAAGCGACUUCAAGAGGCUAACAAAGCAGCAAUGAAGGAAAGGCAGCUGUUACUCAAGCAGCAGGAGGACAUUGAGCGGAUGAGAAACUCGACACUUCGACUGAAGGAGCGUCUCAAGAGUGCUGAGGGUGACACACCAGCAACUCGCGUACCAGACACAGUGGUGUCAGAACCGGCCUCCACUAACAUGAUGCAUGCUGAUGAAAAUCGCAGCCCCUCUCCUUCACUCUCUGUUUCUGGAAGUGAGACUAGCAGCAUCCUGCAGAAGCUCAAGAAGAUGCACUCCCACAUGGAUGAAAAACACUGUUCCCCUGUCCACUACUUCCUCUCUAUGUUCACGGCUCACCACUGGGCCUCCCUCAGUGUCUGUCUUCCCAACCUCCACCCUAAAUUCCAGCUCUUUAUCUACAACCAGUUGGUCAGGUUUCUGACCAAGCGAGAGCAGCAGCUAGUGCAGAGACGUCGCCAUGCUGAAGAGCUGCUGAUGUGGAAGCAGCGUCUGGACCAGGAGGAGGCAGUGGUCAGUAGGAUGGAGAAAGAAGCCCUCGCUGUAUGGGACAGGCGAACGUCUCAAGAUAAAGGUCAUGAUGUUCCAGAGACUCAGAAAAAGGAGAGCUCUGACAUUAGCAGCAGCCUUCAUCAUCUGAGCACAGAGCCCAAAACAGACUGUGAGAAAGGCCAUGUCAGUGAUGAUGACUGUUCUUCACUGACACCAGAGUCCACUAUACACACAGAGGCACUGGAAUCUCAGCAACCAGAAAGCCCACCCUCAGUACUGCCUGUGUCUCUCCCUGACACACCUUUGGCCUCUGCCCAGAGUAGCUCAGUGAAUUAUACUCAGGAUUUCUCUUCAACUUCUCAGUCGCCUCAAAAAAAGUCUCCUGUAUUCAAAAGCAGCCACAGUCCUGCUGCCUCGCCUUCAGAAAGCAGCAGCAAAACAAAGGUGCCGAUCCGCUCCUCCACCCGGACCAGCAACCAGCCCCGCAGUCAGGCUACUGACUCCCCAAUGGCCACCCAGACUGAACCCAUUUCGGACCAGAGCGACAUAGAGAGUCGUAUCAAAGCUCUAAAGGAGGAACUCAGGAAACGAAAGUUUAUGGCCUAUCAGCUGAAGAAAGAACAGAAAAAGAGGCACAAAGAGCGUCUUAAAGCACAGGAGGCAAACUUGCUAAAACAGCUGGAGACCUAUGAUAACAUAAUUGAGAAAACGAAGGCUGAACUGAACAAGGAGCCUGUCACAACACCGUAUACAUCUCAGACUGAAGAUCCUACCUCAGCUGCAGAGCAGUCUAGUAUUAAACCACCUGCUCACAGGUCUAAUCGCAGCAAUAUCUACGAAAGAACUUACUCCGGUGCUUCAAUAGAUCUCAAUACUUCACCUCAACAAAACCAUAGUGUAUCCACCCUGGUGCCUGAAGAAAUGUCUGAAGAAGUUCGAACAGUAACUCCACGUGCCAGCCCAGCGUGUCCAAACUCAGAGGCUCUUUUAGGACCUACCUGCGAUGACACCAAGGCUCCAGUUAGGCCUGGGGAUGAGGACAUUGUAUCUGAUCAACAAUCUGAUAUUCAGGAAGGUCUAGAGGUGGAGUUAAGUCCCAGGUUGGAAGAUCAACACUCUGAACAUCUUCUCAAUCUAGAAGACAGAUUGAAUUCUCAACAAAAUCUGUCUACAUCUAAACAAGUUUCCUCUUCUGUGAGUGAAGGGCAAGUAACAGAAGCUUUGAAAGUAAAACCUACAAGUGAGUCAGCUUCAUCUGCAAUGGACAAUAGAAACGCAUCACAUGUACGUGAAGGCUCUGAAUUUGGUGGUCCCUCCUUCUCGCCUGGUCCUGAAGCCUUCCCUUUGAAGAAAGAGGUAUCAAUAAAGGGAACUGAAUCCUCUUCUACCUUAAUAGAUGGUUAUCAUGAUGACUUUGAGUCUUCAGUUGAUUUAACACCAAGGGAGGAACAUCACAGUUCUAAGAUCUUAGACUCCACAAAUGAAAUCAAGGGUUCAAGAAAGGACUUCCCUCCCAGGACCACAACAUAUGACAGCCAGGAUGAGGAGAUAGAAGAGGAGAUAGCUGAGGAGCUGAGUCAGCAUUCUAGCUCAAGUCAGUCUAGGCACGGGUCUGGACGAUUGCUAUCUCUUGAUAAGCAGACAGAAGACAUCAAACAUAACAAUAAGAGGAUUAAUUCCAGCCACUCACCGCCAAUCUCCGCCCAGACACUUCUCUCUCCUGCUGUAGAUGAGAUGCCAAGUUUUACCAUUGGUGAUCGGGUUCUUGUUGGGGGUGUUCAGCCCGGCACACUGAAAUUCAAGGGUCCAACCAGCUUUGCUAACGGCUUCUGGGCCGGUGUGGAGUUAGACAAGUCAGAAGGAAGCAACAACGGCACCUAUGACGGCGUUGUGUAUUUUGAGUGUGUCGAGUCUCAUGGCAUUUUUGCUCCUCCAGACAAGAUCACACACCUGCCAGAUAAGUUUGAAAACUACACAGACACCACGGAGGAUGAGGACUCUUUCUUUGAUGACUUUUCAGGUAAAGACAGGGAUCAGUCAAAAAUGGGUGACUACGAAUCUCAACAACAAGGAAGUCCGAGGAGUGAGAAGGAACAAUCAUCUCAUGAGGAUUUAAAAAAUAAAAAGUUGGCCAAUGAUUCCGCUCCCAAGAGCCAGACCAUGCUGAAAGGUGAAUCUCACUUGAAUUCGCAACACCACGAAGAAUCUAAGCGUUCAAUAUCUAAUGGCAACAGCAGAGACAUAAUACUGAUAAUUGAAGAUGCACCAACUCUCAUCAUCUCUGAGAUGGACAAGAGUGGCCUGGAAAAGCAAAGCCAGGAGAUCAUUGAACCUGAAAGAGAAGAUUCGCAAGACAAGUUUACUGCUCAUCUUACCACCGUCAUCAGUGAUGAUAUAGAAGAAGGGAAGGACGCAGAUUUAUUGACCACAUUUACAGACACCCUCUUCAACAACUUUGUAAAAGACACCGUAAAGCAAUUUGCUGAACUUAAAAAGGCCAAAGAGCAAAGGAUAGAAACUGCCAAUCACAUGAAUAAAGACACGUUUUGUGAAAAUGUCAAUGAAGAUGAGUGGGUCUCAUCAGUGGAUCAAAAAGAUGGUCUUCCCUUCUUUCUACCAGAAAAAGAAGAACUGUCUUCUCCUGAGCUGUGUAAUCAACCGGAGAGUCCAGUGUUGGGUGCCAGUGGCCAAGAGGAGCUUGCCAAACGGCUAGCGGAGCUGGAACUGAACCGAGAACUACUGGACAACCUGGGUGAUGAUCAAGACUGGUUUGAUGAGGACUUUGGCCUGAGCUCCCGCAGGGAACAGCAGAGGCUGAAGCAGAGGGAGGAAGAGGCAAGGCUUGGAGGAGCAGGCCUGGGGAGGUCAGGCACGUCGGCAGUAGCACCUAUGGGGGGCCUGACCUCGGCAGCAGGUGGAGAACAUCAGGCCAAGACUCCACCUAGGCCUGAGCUACCCCUCUCCCUGCCCCCGAAGCUGCCUGAGCAGCCUGCCAUGGUGGUGCCUCACUCAGCCUCAGAGGUGGAGAAGAUGGUUCAUGCUGCCACUCAGGAGAUCUGGGAGAACUAUGGCCUGGGGACGGAGAGAGACCUGUCCCUUGGACAACUGCCAAACCCCGAACCUUCAGUGGACUAUCUUGGUAAAGAGGCCAGCGACCAGGACCAGGAGGCCCUCUCAAUCCGCAGCUAUAGAAAGGCUGUGUAUGACCUGACGUGGGAGAUGCUUCAGGAGAUUUUUGCAGAAGACCCCAACACUGAUCAGCCUCAGUGGGUCAAACCACAGAGAGUCAAGUCAUCUUUCAUUCACAGAGUAAAAACACCAGCGGAUCUCACAAAGACCCAGGAAUUCAUUGCGGGAGAAGUACUAAAACUGUAUGGUCUGGCAAAAGAUCAAAACCAUCAGACGGACUGGCAGAAGAUGCUCAAAUUUGGCAGAAAGAAGCGGGACAGAGUGGAUCACAUACUGGUUCAGGAACUCCACGAAGAGGAGGCCCAGUGGGUAAACUAUGACGAGGAUGAGCUGUUUGUCAAGAUGCAGCUGGCAGAUAGCAUCUUUGAUGCGCUGCUUAAGGACACUGCCAACAUGCUAACGUUCAUCUACGACAAGAGGGCUCAAAGAGACGGCCUCUCCUGACACCAAAACUGUCUGUAGCUCUGUCGUGGUCUUUCCUCACAGCAGUGAACCUACCUACUGUACCGCUGCAUUCGCUAUCACCACCUGAUGUGCGUACAGCAGCAAUCAGAUGCCUUCAGAUUUAGCAUUAGCUCUGAGCUAAACAACUCCUACCUACUUCUACAUUGUUAAUUUACUGAGUCUACUUGAGCUUCUUGUAGCGGUUACUGAUUUGUUUCACAUCUCUAGAGCAAUCCAGCCUUCCUCAACCCUAACACCAUGUAGUCUCAGAUCUCUGCUCAUGGGUGGGUCCUUCCCAGACGGAGAAUGACUUGAUGUUUUGAUUGGAUGAACUGUGCCAUCAUUUGGAACUAAAAGUACAUCAAUGCUGCUAAUUUGAUUGUUCCUUGCGGGACUGAACUAUAAAACACCUGGAGCAAAAACAGGUUGUUAGAUGUUGUACUUAAUCUUAAAGGAAAUAUUAUAUAUAAUAGAAAGGCUGGAAAGAAUAUGCAGAAUGGUCUUAGAGUAAUUUGACAGUGAUUGCUUAUUUGUAGAGCACUAAUUGAAAGUGUUGGUGUGAAGUUGCAACUAAUGGUCAGCACCUUCACUUCAUGUUCAUUGUUCACUCUCAUCUAUUUUUUAAACAACUUUCUAAAACAAUGAACAUUUGUCACUAGCUAAAUUGCUCUGAGACCCUACUGCACAGAUAUCAGAUGCCUGCUUAACUAUAUUAUUUAUUGUGUGAAAGUGUUAAAUUAGAAGAGAGAUGAGCAUUAAGGAUUGUAAAAUAUCUUGUUAACACAAAGGUUUUAACUUCUGUAAUGAAAUUCUCAUGAAAUUGUAAAAGCACAACACAAAAUGUGAAUAUAGAAAAAUUCUGUUGAAAACAAACCUGCAGAAAUGUUUUAAUAUGUAAAAGUUGUAGUGUUUCCUGACUUCAUGGUGGCUGCAAAUGUCCAUUUGGCGACACCAUCGCCGCGUCCCUGUUCUGCACUGGAGGUCACGUUUGAAACCUCCACUGACCUACAGAGUUAAAAUACGGCUGCAGUGUGGGACACAUUCAUCAGCAUCACCUCUAGAGGACAAGCGAGUUUAGCGUGGCGUGAUAACGUUCCUUAGUGCGACCCACACUACUGCUCAAUACACACAACCCUCAUAUUUUACAAUCACAUUUGUACUGAAAUGCUGGAUUUGAGCCUUACAAUAAGAAAACACUUGAGUUUGUCUCUUCCUCCUCCUUGUCAGUUAUCAGCUCUCCUGUUAAAGGUUCUAGAUCUAGUGUAGCAUCGCGGCUGUAAAACAUCAGCCUUUACAGCACACUCUGCUUCAAAGCAGCCACCAGAAUGUAGCCUGACAGCAGAGGCAGCUCUCCGAACCGUUCCGUUUAAGUGCCUCUUUGAGUUAGUUGAUGUCUCGACAUCCUUUAGAGCUUUUCUCCGAGUGUCUGUUCUAUAUUGUACCAUUUCCUUGUACCACUUAUCAUUUAUGCCUUAUCAGUCGUUAGCUGGGUGGAGUUGUUAUUUUUUCCUCCCAUCUUCUCCUUUUUUGCCUGAGGUAAUGUUUGUAAUGCUAAUGGAACUGCUGACUCACUCUAAGCGUUGCCUGCUUCUUGUCCACGUCAUUGUGUGUGUGUGUGUGUGUGUGUGUGUGUGUGUGUGUGUGUGUGUGUGUGUGUGUGUGUGUGUGUGUGUGUGUGUGUGUGUGUGUGUGUGUGUGUGUGUGUGUGUGUGUGUGUGUGUGUGUGUGUGUGUGUGUGUGUGUGUGUGUGUGUGUGUGUCUUUAUUGAUAAACUGUAUCGGGAGCUAGUUUGUUGACACUCCAGCUCGCAGGCUGUGCAGAGUGAGUCACUGAGCUGAUGAGGACAGACACGUAGGACUGUACCCAAGGGCUCGUUUGGGUCCUCGCUGUCGGCUUCGCUUUGGUCCAACAAACUGUACAAAAUCAUUCUGGCAUGUGUUAAUCCUCACAGACUGUUUGGAGCUAAAGUGACCUUAAACUGAGUACUUAAUGCUUUUCUACCACCAAUGUUGUACCUGUUGCUAAGAUGUAUGUUAAAUUGUAAAUUGUGUAAUGUAGAACAACAUUUGAUACCAAUCUCCAUGCUGUAUGACUGGAUGUAGGUAUAUGUAACAGUGGACUGGUUAGAACUGCUGAAAUGCUUUGAUUGUCUAUUUGAGCUGAUUGUAUGUAGGAGGAAGUUGCGUCCCCCUCUGUAACUAUGCAGUACGUGUUUUAUAUGUGCAGGCCAAACGGCUUCGGUUGUAAUGACGUAGAUUAAAUAAUAAGUUGGAAGCUGUUUGUUGGAGGAUGAAGGUGUUUAUCUUCACACAGAGAAACUUUAUAAUAAAGUAAGUUUGAUCCUAAUAAUUGAAUUGAAAUGUAGCAAGAAAAGAUUGAAUUACCUUAACCCAGUCAGACUAGAGUCCCCUCGUCAUGUUUUGAGAUGUUUAUGAAUAUUUAUAUUAAUGUGUUGUGUUGUGCUGUAAGUGUGCGUUAAGUGCACUUGAGGACUUGUACAAUUCCUUAAUGGGUGUAAAUAUACUGUCCAUCACGUCUGACCCACUGUUACUGUAACCUGGGCUGAUUGUUGUAAAAUAAACACGGUUUACUUUGCAAAUAUGUACAUAGUAUAUAUUUGUUAACACGAUGAACUUUGUAAAUAAAGCUUUUGUUGUUUCUAA